AAAUGGUUCGCUCCGUUGCUAUGCUAUCUUGUGUAGACAUUCUCCAGGGUGAUGGAUAAGAUGUAGUUAAUCGGCCUCAAAAUACAUAGACGUUGUUCGGUGAAAAACGCAAAUAGUGUGAACCUUUAAGGUAUCAUUCACAAUGGCCGGUAUUAGGAGAGUUAACGGAAAAUUAUCGGGAAUCAACCCAGCUGUCAGUUGCUGUCGCUUGCGUCAGGUUCAGUCUCUGCUCUGUGACGGUGGCACUGCCACUCCUGAUGGCAUCCUGUGCUCUCUUGGCAUUGACAGCAGAUAUAAUGAUGGGUGCACUGAGCUGGCGAAAUACCUGUUCUAUGGGCUGUAUGGAAGAAAUCAGCUGAACCUGGAACAUGUCCUCGAGGAAUUUCCUGAAGAAAUGUUCGAUGAUGUAAUCUUGCUUAUCAAGGCGGAGUGUGUUCAUCUGUACUGCAAUCCUGUGAACUACAGUUACCUGUUGCCCUACGUGUCCCACUGGAGGAACCUGCAUCUCUACUGCAUGACUGAGGCAGAGUAUGAAGAUGAAGAAGCAGCGGAGGAAUUCAAAAUCUCCAGUUUUGUCACAAUGGUGCAGGACUGCUAUCGUAUUGGAGUACCUUACAGCUCCCAGGGACACAUGCAGAGGUUUGAUAUGUUUAUGGUGGAAAAGUGGCCCCUAAUUCAAGCAUUUGCCCUGGAGGGCAUCGGUGGAGGAAGCUUUUUUACCAUGAAAUACAAGCUAAUGGACAUGAGUGAGAAGCUAUGGCAGGUUUACAACAGACUCGACCCCGUGUCUCUGGAUUACGUCUUCACAGAGGACUUGGUUAACUUUGAGAAGCAGUGGAGUAGUUUUUUCUCCAGCAUGGAUCUGGAGAGCCACCUCUCCAUCUUGGAACUUUCUGAAGCACAGGCAGGAGAGGCAUUCCGUACUUAUUACUCUCAUGGACUGAUUUCAAGCAACAUCACAGAUAGAAGUAAAAGUCAGCAGCCCUUUGUGUUGUUUGGGAAACAUUCCUCCUCAGAGGAUUUGGAGAGUUAUUCCUUCAACUUUCCCUCAGAGAGUCAUCAGGUCCGCAACACGGGUCCUCAGGGCUCUACAGCCAGACACAUGAUUCUGCAGUGUGUAGCUCCCAAAGGACCUCUGGCCUGCUCUCGAACAUACUUCUUUGGGACCACCCACACUCCAUACCUUGGAAAUCAGAACACAGAGCAAAAGACAGAAAUCUUACUUUUGUCUCAGAUUUAUUCAGCUGCUGUCCAAGCAGUCCUUUCAGGUAUCAAAUGCUACUCAUGUACCACCAGUACUACCAAGGCUAAGGACGUAGCAGAGAACACCUUUCUAGUGGCUUUGGACUCCCUGAAUUUAAGUCAGUACCGCAGUUCUCUCAGGUCCAAAUGUGAAUUUAACAUUCAAGCAGUGAAUAAUCAAGGAAGGAUCAUUCCUCUGACUGAUGAAGAAAGCCGUUAUGUCAUAAAAACAGCCUCCAUGACUGUCCACGACAUCCCAGACCUGCAGUGGGACAGGGGGACUCUGGGCUCUGUGGUCUUCUCUGAAUCCUUCUUGGAGUCAAGCAUCAACAUUCAACAGAAAGAUGGCACUGUGUCCUCAGACAGCUGCUACAGCAUCCUGACUACAACUGUGCCUCGCUAUGCCUGUUGGAUGAUGGAAUCUGAUGUCAAGCAAUCUGAACAAGCCCAGCAUCUCGCUAAGAACGAGGAAGGCACUUGUCUGGGAACUGCUCUGACUGUAGCAGAUGCUGCGUAUGUGUUCUCCAGCAGCCAACUCUCCACACCUGAAGAAGGGAAAAUCAUUUUCUUCUCAGAAGGACUCCUGUUUAUUCAUUCUCAAUAUGGAAGCUUUACUGUGUCCAAGGAUCACAUCAGCACCGUCAAGUUCUAUGAUCCGGACUCCAGCGCUGUGGCGUCUCUCUUUGUGGAGUAUGAGAGCAGCCUGCUCCCCCACCUCCCAUUCCCCCUGCACAGCUCUGACCAGUGUCUGGUCUUUGCUCUUCAGCCCAGGUCAAAGAGCCACAGGGCAUUUUAUUCCAAGGUUUUGUCAGUGUGGAAAAACUCUGAAUCUGGACUCACUCUGCAAUUGGUGAACCAAGAGCAGCUGACCUGGAACCAGAAGAACAUGCACACCAGACUGCAGAAGCUGCAUGACAGUCAGGAGCCUCCCGUGGCCAAACGCAGAGGCAGCCUGAAGACUUCAUACUCCCAGCUGCCAGAGCAGGACAUGUUUCUUCAGCACUUUGCUCUGAGUAGUAUUGGCCAGGAGCCCAUUCUGUACGACCACCUGGGGGUGCUCUUUCCCUCUGCAGAGCUGAGGAAUACAGCUAGCAGUCAGCCUGACAAGGUUGUCAUUACGAUCAUCACUGGAUUGCCGGGGAGCCAUAAGAAGAGACUGUGUGACUUUCUGGUCCGAUUAAACAGUGAACAUGAAAGAUGGGUGGUGUACAGUUCUGGCCCUGACAGCUGUGACAGCUUCUCAGCCUCUCACCUGCAGCAGUAUUUGUCCAGCUUCCUAGAGAGCCAGCGAGGCCCAAGAGGCAAACCCCGUCUGUUAGUGCUCUCACCCGGAUACACAGAUGUUCUGGAUGUGGUCCAAGCUGUGCUUUUCCACCCUGACCCAGUUAUCCAAGCGUGUUUCACCAUCGGUGCUGUAACUGCCUGUGUGGACCCUCUUGCUUCCUGUAUGGAGCACAGGUUUGCUUUCCCAAAGCUGCUGGAGCAGUGCAGCCAAGGUAUUGUGAGUACAGUGGUGUUCACCGGGCUGACAGCAGAGCAGAAGCACCCUCUCAUGCAGCAUGUUCAGCAGUUGGUACGCUCUGCCAACCCCACCGCAGCCUUCAUACUGGCAGAGAGAGGAGCUGUCACCAGGAAUGAAGAUGUAAAUCUGAUAUUUUCCGAUAGCAGCUUCAAUGAGCCACAGAUGCUGCGAGCACGUUAUGUCCUCUAUCCUGGAUGGUGCAAAGGACGCUUCUUGUGUGGUUCUGGGUCUCUGGUCGUCGCCCAGCACCGCGUGGCUUUCAGCCGCCCCCUCGAGAGGCCUUUUUUUGUCACCCGCUGUAAAGCAUUAAAGUCAUCACUAAGGCUGAGCCCCUUCCACGGAAAUGUGUACAAUGUUUGGGGAAAAGUUCUGUUUUCUGACUCAGAGCAGCUGAUGGAGGUGAGCUACAACACAGUGAGUGGAAACCUGAGCAUUGUCCCACAGCAGACAAGUGACCCUCUGGUCCCGGGCCCCAAAGAGACUGACACGUCCUGCUUCCUGAUCUUUGACGGUGUUGGCCUUACUGAGGACGGACUGAAGGACUGGCUCAGACUGUGUGCCAAGCAGAGGCAGAAGAAGAAGCUGAGGAAGACUAAAAAUACCCUUUCAGCUCUAGAAAUCAAGCACAUACAUAUCACCAGGCACUUGGAUCCACUACCACCAGGCUACUUCUACAAUGGUCAUCAAUAUGUUGACAUCUUUGGAGAAAAAAGGAAUCUCCAUCCCAACAUGGAAGAGUUUAUUAAAGAGUACAUCGCUGAGGCUAACAAAGAGAUCGAGCUUUUCAACCGUCAGCUGGAUCUGCAGGGACAGCCCGACCUGUUUGAUCCGUGAUGGAGUCUGUCUGUAUGUCCACUGCCUCCAUCUGUCUUAUUCAACACGAAGGGAACCGCUGUGGGAGGGACAGGGAGGGCACAGGGGUUAUAAACUGAUCACUCCACUAGAAUGGUGGAUGUGUGCUUCCACCACAUGCAUCUGCAGAAACCACUGUUGUACAUUCAUUAUCUAGGUGCUAUGUCACUUUAUUUCCUAAUUAGUUGGCAUGAAAAGGUUGAGUGCAGGUGAGCUUUUAAACAGUGACAUCACCGUCAAAAGCCAGAUAACGCCAUGGCGUCGCUGUUUGCCUUCCUGCUGCAACACCACUAAAAGCACAGUUAGCACUUUGGCGAGUUAUGUAUCAUAUUUAUCAAAUAAUAGGCAAACUGCUGUGGCCACUUGUGUUAACUCAAAUGAAGACAUGUUUGUAAAGAGAUGAGAGUCACAACUGCAGAUGAAUCUGAAGCAUAACGCAACACGAUUCCAUCUUUAAACCAAUGUGAUUACUCCACUAAGCCUGCAAGCUAUGAGACUUUCACAAUUGAAGGGAAUUUCCAACCCGCACACGCCUACAGCUUGUGCGUUUCUGUUUAUCACAGUUGGCAAAUUAAUGCCUCUAUUUCUGGACAGGCAUGGAUAGCCGUGUGAUUCUGGUGGGCUCCCUGGUGGGGUUUCUCAAGAAUCGCUCCUCCUCUGUUGUCACCCUAUCCGUAGCCCACCUGUUAUCUUGUCUGCGUGCCACGCUGCAGCAGAGGGAGCGCUUGGCCAUAGAGCUGUAAACAUUGGACAGCCUGUUGGCUGCAGACAACUGAUGAAUGAUGCCAUUAAUCACAUAGAUAAUCGCCAUCCCAGUGCUUUAUUUUAAGGCUCCUCAAGUGAAUCUAAUGAAAGUGCAGUAAAGUGGUGUUGUAGUUAUAAGGCCAUCGAGACGCUUAUUGAGUCAUUGGGGUCCCAUGUCCACUGGAAACGUCUCCAUGAUGCACUGUAUUCUGUUCAUUAUAAAGCUGCUAGUUAACCAUGAGAGACCAGAUGGACACAAGAGGUCAAGCCAAGCCUCACAGCAGCCAGGUGUGGGUCACUCGUUUCACCAUUUUGGUCAAAAUGUUCCUGAUUGUUGCAGCUGUUAAAAGUGUGCAUAUUCCCAUGUUUUUUUUUUUUUAAUUGUUUGGGUCUGAUUUUGGGUAGGACACGGGCAAAACGAUGUAAUGUGGGAAAACCUCGAUUCAGUUUACUGUUUGGUUAGGUUUGGGUAAACAUGAGUAGAGCCUUCAGUGAUAAAUGAUGUAAGGCUUUGUAUUAGUGGUGUGAUGUUGCAGAGAUUCAGACUUCAUGUCCUCUUCAAAUUGGUGGUUCUGCUACUGUUUGCUCUGCGAUAGUGUCACACUAAUGUUCUAUGCAUGUCUUCCUCUUAUCAGGGUUCUUACACAGGCUUUGAAAUUCUGUAGCUUCAAGGGAAACGUGUUUGAUAAGCUGUCAGUACUUUUUGUGGAAAUGACAGUGUUUGUUGUCAUUUGUACUGCUGCAAAUUUGGGUAGUUUGAGACCCACUUACAUUGUAACCUAAUGAACAAGAUUGUAGAAGUAAAAGCGUGCUAAAUACGUGGAAUUUGGAAGUUGAAAAUGUGUAGGAACCCUGCUAGAUUCUCUGGAGAUUUGAUGGCUUUCAUUCAUGUUGGGGUCAGCAGUGUGCCACGCAGACUGACUAAUAAUCUUUGGCUUGGAUUUAUCUUGACAUUUAAAUGCACACAAAAGUGUGCACCAACUGCUGCUACUGCAAUGGUACGAUAUAUUACUUUGUGCACCGAAAAAAACGCCUGUAUUCAGUAACAAGUACUGUGAGAUUUUUACCAUGCCGUGUAAAAGAGGAUAAUCUAUAAUUUAAUAAAUCUAAUCCAUUAGCAGAGGAGGGAAAUGCUAUCUGGUGAGGUGAACACUUGUUAGAUAUCUUUAGAUCAGCAGCGACCGUGUCUGUCUGUCAGUGCUGUCAGCAGCCAGUAAAAUUGAACGAAUCAAUAACUUGGUUUUCAGCUGGCAAACGCGCUGAGAGCGAUAACAUAGUUAGCAAGUUAUUUUCCCUCAGAUGACCCACGGGUGUCUGCGCGGAUUCAAAUAAUCCUGACACUGCUGGCCCCAUCCGUCCACUCAGUAGAGUCCAGUUUGAUCUGAACAAGCCAUACCUUCUAAUGCUAGAUGUGCCACUGUCUUUUAGAUGAAUAGGUUCAUAGCAAAUAACAUAGCAAUGACGUAUGCCUCUAACUCGUAUUACCCUGGUAUGUUCCGGCCAACAGAGGAGGGGUUUACAUGGAGAAAAGCUUUUCCCUGUGUUACUCAUCCUAUAACUCCUCUCUUACAGUCCUUCUCUUUUACUGUAUAAAAGAAGUGCAAUUGUA